AUUCCAGAAUUCCAUUUCCGGAUCGAAAUUCACCAUGAUGAUUAAAAUCAACAACUAACUGGUCAUUUUAGUCGAGUUAUAUACUCAUAAGAUGAUGUCCCCUAAGCCAAUCUCCGAAGAUCGAGGUGGCUCUUCUCAGGCUGCUGCGUUUAGGCAAACACCCUUGCAGAUAAUCCAUUUUAUUGGAAACUUCAUGAGAAUAUGGUCAGUUUACUCAAUGUAUCGCUAUUUGUCUCAGACUGGGGCUUCUGUUGUACUAUUUAUCUUCAGCUGUCUUGUUCCGUCUUGCAUCAUAUUGAAGGGCAGACCACUGGCUAAUACACAGGUAGUUCCUUCGGUGAUAAAUGGUGCCAUUACAGCACUAUACUUCACCAUGUGGGGGAAAGGCCUUAAAUCUUGUGGUCCUGUGCGAGCCAUAUUAGCCGAAUAUUCUGGUGCUGUUCUUGGAGUAAUAUCUGCUCUAUUCUUGGAGCAUCGAGAAGAGUGAUUGCUCGGCGGGUGUCCCUUAAGAACCAGCUGAAAAGACGACUCAAUGCCAUAACAAUUGCUUCUGCAACAUGUUUUUUGAUUAUAGGAUCAAAUAGUGUAGAGUUGCCAUUUUCUGCAUGGACUUUUACAAGUACCAUUUUGUUUGGCAUCAUAAUGAUAUUCUACGUUGAUGGUAUUGCAGAGGAAAGGUUGCAAAUGGUUUUUUCUUCUCCAAGGCAUUUAAUGGCUGCUGGAGGAUGCAUCAUUGUCAUGGAAUUUGCGUACAAAAUGGACUUCUCCCUGCCUGGUUUUCUGAUAUGUGCAACCAUUUUGGGAUUUGGGAUAUAUGAAGCAACAUCACUGGACAUUACAAGGAAGGGUUCUUCACAAAGCUCAAGUCUAUCAAAUGGGCUCUUGGAUGAUCGAGUUGAAAUGUCCCCUCUUCCAACUUAACGAAAACUAUACGCGUGGGUCAAUUUUCGCCAAUCACAUCACCAAAGUUCCUUAGUCAUAGAACUCUGAGGCAACAUGUGUAAUAUCCUGAGGUGCUGUCAUUUGACCAAACUUCUUUACAUUUUCCCCCAAUUUAAGAGUUGAGAAUUUCUUGUACAGCUAAGUAGCUAACAUUGGAUACCAUUCAUACUAAUUUGAUAUUUUAAUGCUUAGGUUUAA